UCUCAACUUCUUCAAUUUUCCUCCUUUCCCAAGCUGUGAAAGACUGCAGUGGCUUUUUAUAUAUCAUAUCAUGUGCGUUGCGAGCAAUUACCUAUUCAGCAUCGCGAAUCGAUUAUACCUCUGGACAAUCAUAGGAACGUUCCGGCUUCCCCGGAAUACUUCAUUGCAAAUUCCCCAGAACCGCUGUGGACACAUAUAGGACCGCACAUCGCGUUUAGAUACAGAAACUACUAGACGACGUCGUCCGCUCCCAUACCCGGAAGGAUCGCAUUGGAAUAUAUCCAGUCCCCACAUCUCCAGCCCCUCUCCUCACAAUGUUUGAUCUCUCCUUCCUUCUCGGCCAUGCCCAGACCACCUUCCACCACCACUCCUCCCCCCUCCCCCUCACGACCAAAACCGGCGCCAAAACCACGCUCGCCUCCCUCGUAAAAUCUACAACCCCACCAUGCCGCCUUAACCCUCUCCUCUUCAAUGGCCACCUCCAAACAAUGUGGACAGCGAUCCACAACGCCGGCCCGCCCAUCUACUACAAGCGCAAGAUCUUCGAGUCUCAUCAUUCAGUCUAUCCAGGCCAGUUCACAGUCGACUUCGUAGUCAGCAAAGCGCAGGGAGAAAAGAGUGGAAGCGAGGAGGAGCUUCCUGAGCGGACGACGUAUUUCUCGGAAGAGGAGUUUGAGAACCUGGGAUCUGAAGAUGGGAAACCUAUGCUGGUGUGCCUCCAUGGCCUGACGGGUGGCUCUCACGAAGUCUAUCUGCGAGAGGUGGUAGCCCCCGUUACUGCAACUGGAUGGGAAGCCUGCGUCGUCAACGGCCGCGGCUGUGCCCUCUCCAAAAUCACAACUCCGCAACUCUUCAACGCGCGCGCCACAUGGGACGUUCGGCAAACAAUCUCCUACCUCCGCACCAUCUUCCCCAACCGGCCGCUCUACGCGGUCGGCUUCUCACUCGGCGCCAACAUCCUCACCAACUACGUGGGCGAGGAAGGGGAUCGAUGCGUAUUAAAGGCGGCGGUGGCAUGCUCGAAUCCGUGGAAUCUGGAGAUUUCUAAUGUGGGGCUGCAGAGGACGUGGCUAGGGCUAGAGGUGUAUAGUAGGACGAUGGGGGGCAAUAUGAUGAAGUUGUAUGAGACGCAUAAGGAGCAAAUACUGAAGAAUGAGGGUAUCGAUGAGGAGAGGGUGAAGCAGUGUCGGUACCUGUUUGAGUUUGAUCGGGUCAUCCAGGCUCCCACAUGGGGCUAUCCGACCGAGCGAGCGUACUACCGCGACGCCGAAUCUGUAGACGCUCUCCUCGCCAUCAAAAUUCCCUUCCUCGGCAUCAACGCUGAAGAUGAUCCUAUCUCCCACAGAGAAGCCAUACCAUACGAAGAGUUUAAACAGAACCCAUAUACUGUCCUCUGCACCACCAACUGGGGAGGCCAUCUGAGUUGGUUCCAACCUGGCGGCAAACGGUGGUUUGCUCCAGCCAUAGCGGCGUUCGUGACGAAGAUGCAUGAUGACAUCGACUUCAAUGCAUCGGUUGGGGAGAGGCUGGAGGCCAAUGGAAUGGCACCGACCAAGAAGUAUCCGAUAUUUGAUGCGACCCACAGAAGGCUGAUUUUACCACCGGAAUAA